ACCAUUCCUUCUACCACCAAGAUGGAGACUGAACAGCUGCAAAAGUUUGUUUUAAAUCAGUUAAACAGCCAGGAAGAGAUUAAAGACAGUAGAGAGUUGUACUAUCAACCAAUCAACAGAAAAUUGAACGAGCCUAAUGACAGCAAUAUCUUACAGUCUUCUCUUCAAGCUUUGCAAUCUAAAGAGAUGAUCGCUUACUCUAACUUGGAAACUUACGAUUACAAUCUCACUGAUGAAGCUAAUGAAUUGAUAGACAAAGGCAGUCAUGAAGCUAGAGUCUACCAUUCUUUAGAUUUUGAAGUCGGCUCAGAUGCUAAGGAGAUCAUACAGAAAGUUGGCCAGGUUUCCGCCAAAGUUGGUCAAGGUAGAGCUUUCAAAUUGGGCUGGAUUAAGAAGGUCGAUAACAAGUUCUUUAAAAAUGCCACUGAAAUACAAGAUGUUACAGUCAACAACUUGUUAGCAAUCAAGCAAUCAAACACUCUAUCCAACGAAAGCGACUUAACAGAACUUAAAAAGCGUAAAUUGAUCAAACCAAAGAAGCUUCUUCACUUUUCUAUCAAAAAAGGACCAAACUACGCUCCAGAGUUGAUUACUUUCGAAACCGAUUUAACCUCUGACAUGCUCCUCGACGGAAGCUGGAAACAAAAACAAUUCAAGAAGUACAACUUUGAUGCUGCAGGUAUCUUACCACAAGGUGGUGCUUUACAUCCACUCUUAAAGGUUAGAGAAGAGUUCAGAAAUAUCUUCUUUGAAAUGGGUUUCCAAGAAAUGCCUACGAAUCAAUUCGUUGAAUCAUGCUUUUGGAACUUUGAUUCAUUAUUCGUACCUCAACAACACGUCGCGAGAGAGUUACAAGAUACUUUCUACAUAAAAGAACCAAGAACUGCAAAUGUCUCUGAUAAAGAGUAUUACGACAAAGUUAAAACAGUCCACGAAAAUGGUGGAUUCGGUUCAAUCGGUUAUAGAGCACCAUUUAGUGAAGAUGAAACCAAGAGAUUGGUUUUGAGAACGCACACAACUGCAACUUCCGCUCAAUGUUUAUACAAAUUGGCUAAACAACCUGGUGGAUUCAAACCAUCAAAGUUAUUCUCAAUUGAUAGAGUAUUCAGAAAUGAAGCAGUCGAUGCAACUCAUUUAGCUGAAUUCCAUCAAGUUGAAGGUGUAAUAGCAGAUAAGAACAUCACUUUAGGUGAUUUAAUCGGAUUUAUGGAGGUCUUCUUUAAGAAAAUGGGAAUGUCGCAAUUAAGAUUCAAGCCUGCGUACAAUCCAUACACAGAACCUUCAUUGGAAAUUUUUGCUCACCAUGAUGGUUUAGGUAAAUGGGUUGAAAUUGGUAACUCUGGUAUGUUUAGACCUGAAAUGUUAGCACCAAUGGGAUUACCUGAUGAUGUUCACGUUUUGGGAUUCGGUUUGAGUUUAGAAAGACCAACUAUGAUAAAAUACGCUAUCAACAAUAUACGUGAUUUAGUCGGACAUAAAGUUGAUCUUGAUCAGGUUGAAAAGAGUGAAGCUGUUAGAUUCUAGACUUUCGAUUGUAGAUAUCUGUUUUGUUAUUUUUUCUAUACACAUAUUAAGCUUCUC